GCAAGUCGACCUUUAACUGUGUUUUGGGGAUAUGUGUGUUUCCCAAGACAGCAUAUCUCUAGGUAGCCCAGGCUGGCCUAGAACUCGCGAUCCACCAGCCUCAGUCCCCAGAGCGCUGGCAUUCGACCUGGGCCUUAGAACAAAGGACCAGUUUUCGCGCAGCAUGACGUUAUUGCGUAAACUCAGCCUGUCGUUGCAUUGUGGGAAGGGCAGUCCCCGAGAUCCGGAUUCGUCGACAUAAGAUGACGAGACUCACGUUGCAAAUUCAGGUAAGUGGUGACCUACUCCCCUGGUUACUGAUAAAGGACAGCAUCAGCUCACUGCCUACCAGCAGUGUAAGAUGGGACGGACAUCAAAGGACAAGCGGGAUGUCUAUUACCGUCUGGCCAAGGAGAAUGGCUGGCGGGCCCGAAGCGCCUUCAAGCUGCUUCAACUUGAUGAGGAAUUCCAACUCUUCCAAGGUGUGACACGGGCAGUAGACCUGUGUGCAGCUCCCGGCAGCUGGAGCCAGGUUUUAAGCCAGAAGAUUGGGAGCCAGGGCAGUGGCCAGGUUGUGGCUGUGGACUUACAGGCUAUGGCUCCACUCCCAGGCGUGAUACAGAUCCAGGGAGACAUCACUCAGCUUUCAACUGCCAAAAAGAUCAUCCAGCACUUCGAGGGCUGCUAUGCUGAACUAGUGGUGUGCGACGGGGCUCCUGAUGUCACUGGCCUCCAUGAUGUUGAUGAGUAUCUGCAGGCCCAGCUCCUCCUAGCUGCUCUCAACAUUGCUACAAACAUAUUGAAGCCAGGGGGCUGCUUUGUGGCCAAGAUAUUCCGAGGUCGGGAUGUGACGCUGCUCUAUAGCCAGCUGCGUGUCUUCUUCUCCAGUGUGCUCUGUGCCAAGCCCAAGAGCAGCCGAAAUUCCAGCAUCGAAGCCUUCGCUGUCUGUCAGGGUUAUGACCCUCCUGAGGGCUUUGUGCCGGAUCUCACCAGACCCCUACUGGAUCACUCGUACGAUUCAGAUUUCAACCAGCUGGAUGGUCCUACCCGCAUUAUUGUGCCCUUUGUAACCUGUGGGGACCUGAGUGCCUAUGAUUCGGACCGAAGUUACCCAUUGGAUCUAGAGGAUGGCUCCGAGUAUAAGUAUACUCCGCCCACACAGCCCCCCAUCUCACCCCCAUACCAGGAAGCCUGCAGGUUGAAGAAGAAGGGGUGGCUGGCCAAGGAGCUCCACCACCAAGAACGCUCUGUCACUCGAGUGGACUUGUUGACCCAGCCCCUAACCAUUCCUCAGUGCCACACCGUGCUGGCCCCUGAGGUGUGGAAACGCACCUCUGAGUCUCCCUUCGCACCCUCCCAAUGUGCCACUUUCUGUCCUGACUCACAUGCUUCCUCUUUCCUGCUUCCCAACAGCCAUAAAAAUCAGUGGGUCAGCCCAAGCAUGACAAAUGGAAAGGUUUAGCCGAAGAUCUGAGUUCCUUUUUCUUUUGGGGAGGUACAUGGAAGACAAUGAUAUGAGUUGUUUGUUCACAUUAACGCAUUGAGGUCGAUUUGCCUUUUUAUAUGAAGCUUCAAAUAAAGGGUGGCUUUUAAGUAAAAAGCUCAGUGGGUUGGA